UGCAAACCAGUCUUCUUCUAGGCACGGCGGAAAACGCGCGCCUGCAUCUAGUAGAAAAAAAAACAAAAAUGAAUUCGGCGCGAAAAUUGUUUCUUCGUUCAAUAAACCAGCAAAAAUGGCAAAGGAAAUUUGCUUGUAGUGCCACUGUGAGAAAUGAGUUUUUAAUUCGUUCUCCGAUAAGUGACGUUGUGAUCCCUGAAAUGAGAUUUAUGGAUCGAUUAUGGAGAGAUUCUUCUGGCUUUUUGGAUUAUACGGCUGUUGAAUGUGCGGAGACCAAGAAGUCAUACACAUACAGAGAAGUCCAGAGGAACAUGGCGAGCUUCGCCACUUCCCUCAGGAAAAAGUUGGGGCUGAAGCAAGGAGACGUGGUGGCUGCUAUGCUGCCUAACAGCCCAGAGUUCAUAGUUGUGGCUUUCGGCACUCUGCAGGCUGGAUGUGUGCUUACAACUAUUAAUCCUAUUUAUAAAGAAUUUGAAAUAGCACAUCAAACGGGAACGACUGAACCAAAAGUGAUGAUAACAAUCCCAGAGUGUUUAGAAGUCGUACGAAAAGGCCUGAAGGCUGCAAAAUGUAAUACUAAAAUAGUACUUAUUGACAAACCAGGUGUAAAUAUACCAAGUGAUGUGGUAAAAUAUUCGGAUAUAGCUGAAAAUUGUGAGCCAGAUUACGGUUUGUUAGACAAAAUUGAGAAUAAGAAAGAUGAUGUGGCGUUUAUUCCGUUUUCGAGUGGAACAACAGGAUUGCCUAAAGGAGUAGAGAUCACGCAUGCAAACUUGUUGGCUGCCAGCGAGAUCAUGGCGGCGAAGGAAACCUGCUUCGCGAAGUUUACUAACGGAGACUUCCAAGACGUGGUCCCCUGCAUCCUGCCGUUUUUUCACAUCUAUGGGCUGGUGGUCACUCUAAUCGGACACUUGGCGAAGGGUUGCAAAUUGGUGACAAUGAACAAGUUUUCCGCUGGACUCUACUUCGACGUUUUGAAGAAUAAUAAGGCGAGUCUGCUGUACAUUGUACCACCAAUAGCGAUACUCCUGGGCAAGCACCCUGACGUGAAGCCGGAGUUCUUCACCCACGUCCGACACAUCGUGUGCGGGGCAGCGCCGCUCGCAGCCUCUGACGCUGAAGCUGUUCUGGAGAAGAGUCAAAAACAAAUAGAGUUCAACCAAGGUUUUGGAGCCACGGAGACCACAUCUCUAGGGACCGCAACCCUCAUAGGGUCUAAAGACCUGGACUACUCUGCUAGUGGUGUGCCUAUGGCUAACAAUGUACUGAAAUUUGUGGACCCCGUGACUGGCAAAGAUGUUCCCAUUGGAGAGUCAGGAGAACUAUACAUAAAGAGCCCAACAAUAAUGAAAGGCUACCAUAAGAAUGAAAAAGCUACAAAGGAGAGUUUGACAGAAGAUGGCUUUUUCAAAACUGGAGAUUUGGGUUACUACACGCCUGGGAAAGGACUCUACAUCACUGAUAGAAUAAAAGAACUUAUUAAGGUAAAAGGUAUGCAAGUCGCUCCAGCAGAAUUAGAAAGCAUCCUCCGCUCCCACCCAGCAGUCCAAGAUGCAGCGGUUAUAGGCGUCCCUCACGAAUUCUACGGAGAAACGCCAAAAGCGUUUGUUAUUAAAAAGAACGGGCUCAAGAUUUCCCCUGAGGAACUCCAGGACUUUGUAGCGGCUAAAGUAGCGACAUUUAAGAAAAUUGACGAAGUCAUAUUUGUUGAUGACAUUCCGAAGACUAGUUCUGGAAAGAUAUUGAGAAAAGAUUUGAAGAAGAUGUACGCGUGAACGUUAUUUGUGUCGAGUUAGUUUGUCAAACGCUUAGCUUAUGUUUUUGUAUAAGCAAAAAGGUGUGAUUAUAUUUAUUUAUUACAAGAGAAUCUUUAGCUAGAAUUUUUUUGAUCUAAAUUGUUUUUAAAACGAGAGACCAUAAUGUUUCUUAAGGCAAGGGCAUGUAAAGUUUUGGAGUAUAAGUAUAAAUAAAUGGAAUAGGUAUGUA